UGCAAGGGAAUGAGAGCAAAGGAAAGAGGAUACCAGAAAAAAUUGUCAGAUUUUAAGAUUGUUAGAUAAUACUUCCUGGACUAUCGAUUAAAUAGCAGGAGUCAUGUUGGGGUGUGGACGUCCCGUCAUCCUUCUCCUCCUCAUCAAAUUUCUGGACCUCUCCUUUGUGUCAUCAGCAUCAUCAUCAUCUCAGAAUGCCACUCGUACCCAUUUAUACCCUCCCAGAGAGAAUGAUUACUAUGAGGACUUCACCACUGAGUCUCCAGGCUCAUCCACCACUAACUCUGAAGGCCCAGAUACCAAAUGCAACUAUGACCUGUGUGUGGAGCAUCAGCAAACCUGCCGGGAGCUUGCAAAAGUCACAGGCUGCCGCUGCCCGGGGUUGAGCGAUAGUUUCACUCCCCCGAGUCCACCGCGCCUCUUGUAUCUGUUUCAACAGGAUGGCAAAGGGGUUGUGGUGCACUGGUGUGCUCCCACCUCCACUGUCACCCACUACAUUGUCUGGGUGAGAGGGAAUGGCAAAGUGAUGGAUAGGAAGAUACAGGUGGAGGAAAGCAAGAGGACGGCAGCAUUGGAGGAUGUUGAGGCUGGAGCGCAAGUAUGUGUAGAAGCUGUAAAUAAAGCCGGCGUCAGUGGAGAGGAUGACCAGUCGUGUGCCACAUUUGAACCCCAAAAUUUCAACUCUGGACUUGCGCUGAAGCUGGGCAUUAUUGGGGGUGUGGUGGGACUCAUACUGCUGCUGAUUCUGGCUCUGCUGCUGUGGAGACACAAAACAUGGCGGAAAUCCACCGCACGGACUGAGACUGAGGGAGUACUGUAACGUGUGUGUGUGUGUGUGGCCAAAAAAUGUCCUUUUACUUCAUCUUAAUAUGAAUGGUGGGAUUAAAUGAAUGACUGUGGACCACUGUGAGCAUAGGUGGAAAUACCGGGGGGGUCGGGGGAGAGAGGAUCCCCCCCAUCUGAGGGUUGCCCC